GUCACCGCCAUGGAAUCACUGGAAUCACUGCACCAGAAGGAUGAUCAUCAAACCAUUCGUACAAGAUUUUCAAAACACUCAGAACAGAUUCCAGAUGAUCUCAUAAUCGAGAUACUCUUGAGAUCACCGUCGAGAUCUAUAGCGAGAUUUCAUUGCUAUCCAAGUUAUGGGAUUCCACACUCAGCGGUCAAGAUUUCACAAAGUCCUUCCUGACAAGAUCUUCCUCUCGACCACAGAUAUUGUUUGCCUGCGGACAGAAUAAUCUCAAGUUGUUCUUGUCUUCCUCAACUCAGCCUGAAAAUACAGAUGAGAACUCAUCUUUUAAAGCUGCCAAUUAUCAGAUGAGUUUGCCGUGUGGACGUUUCUAUACAUUAGGACAUAUCAGUAGUUUGGUCUAUGUUAGAGAAAAUAUAAAUUUGUGGAAGAUAUGUAACCCUAGUACUGGACAAUGCUUUACUUUACCAGAAGCGAAAAGACGGGAGAGAUUUAGUUGGAUAAGGACAUUUCUUGGGUAUGAUCCGAUUGAGAAACAAGUCAAGGUACUGACAAUAACAGGAGGACAUGGAGGAGAUAACGCCAUCUUUGACGAGCAUCAUCAAGUCCUGACAAUAUCAGAAACUGAUAAAAUGUCUUGGAGAAGGAUUGAAUGUGGCACAUCUCAUUCUCCUGUCUCUGAUGGUGUAUGCAUCAGUGGUGUUUUGUACUACAAAGCUUAUAAGCAUUACUUUCCCAAUGCUCGUAUGAUGAUUGUGUGCUUUGACGUAAGAUCUGAGAAGUACAGCUUUGUUAGAGUUACGGAAAGUUCCCUUGGAGCAAUGGAACCUGAAACAAGUCUGAUAAACUACAAGGGUAGAUUGGCUUCACUUGAGAUGAAAAGAAGUUUUGGUGAAGAAGCAAGUACAAGUUUUGACUUGUGGGUUCCACAAGACUCGGGAAAAUUAGAAGAAUGGUCGAAGCAUACUUACAAGUUUCCCAUGUCGAGGAAUGAAGCUAUACAAGACAACAAGUUAUACUUUAGUGUAGUGACUGGUAAAAAUGAAAUAGUGUUGUUUCCGAGAAAAGUAUCCCACCCUUUUUAUGUUCUUUACUACAAUCUCGAGAGGAAAACUAGUAGAAGAGUUGAAAUCCGAGGAUUGAAAGAGCUUAAGGGUAAGAAAGUUUUUGCAUAUCUAGAUCAUAUAGAGGACUUGAAGCUUAUGUAAGUGUCC